AUGGCAAACAACGGACGGUCAAGCAAAUCAACAGGAGAAACUUCAGACACUCUCGAGAUAGCCACAACUUCCGUCGUCUCUCGGAUUCCAGAGUUUUGGAGAGAUCAACCUCGACUAUGGUUCCUACAGUUCGAAGCCGUGGUAAACGCUCAGAAGCAAGGAGACGACUACAAAUUCAACAUGGUAAUGGCCAGAUUACAGAAGGAAGAGGUUAAACAAAUUGGCGAUAUACUUGCAGCACCUCCAGAAGAUGGGAAAUACAUAGCCCUUAAAAACAGAUUAAUUGACUGUUAUGAGGAGUCAGAAAAAACCAAACUUCAGAAACUAAUAUCAAAUACGGAUCUCGGAGAUCAAAAGCCAUCACAGCUUUGGCGAAGGAUGAAAGAGCUGGCAAAUGGAAACAUUAAAGACAACAUGUUAAAGCUCAUGUGGUUACGACAAUUACCACACUCUGUUACGUCCGUGUUAGCUGCCACCGAAGAAUUGAGUAUAGAAAAAAAUACCCAAAUAGCCGACAGAAUUCACGAGAAUAUUAACGAUGCGGAAGUGUCCUCUAUAAAUAAACAAGAGGCCACGGUCAAUGACUGCACUGAAAAACGCAUCGCAAGCAUCGCGUCGCAAAUAGAAAAUAUGCAGAUAAACAUUGAGGCACUAACAAAUAAGCAAAACAGCAAUCGUUGGCAUAAUACGCAACGGAAUGUGCAUACAUCGCGUUUCAGACCUAGGCAUACAAAUGUACGGCACCCUGUUCAUGGAACCAGGGAAACUAAUAUCAGCACAGAACACGGCGGAACUUUGUGCUAUUCACCCAUCAAACCGCCUGACUAUUACCGAUCGGAAAAAUGA